AAAAUUUAUAUAAAAUCAUCAAAACUAGUUUGUGUUCUAAAGCAUUCCUGGUUGUUGAGAGCUAUGGCGAAAGUGAGGCCAAUUCAAGUUUGGAUAUUUACAGUGGUGGUGAUCUCGGCAUUGGUAUCGAUCUCCGAGUGUGCGAAGAAGCCAGUGACUGUGGCGAGGAAGGAAGACAUUCCUUUCAUCAAAUGCCAGGUCUGUGAGAAGCUCGCAGCUCAGUUGCACCACCAAGUUGAGAAGAAGAGAGCUGAGGUCGAACCCAAGAAGAUCUCGGAGUAUCAGAUUAUUGAGAUUACGGAGAAUGUUUGUAAUCUGAAGAAGGCGGAGGCGGAUUGGAUUUUGCUGAUUGACAUAGUUGAACAAGGAGAUAAGUUGCAGCUGGUGGAACAAGAAUCUGAAGGACAAUGCAAUUCCGAA